AAGAAAGAAAGAUAAACUAUGAAUUAGUGCAGCCAGUUUAGUCAAAAAGAACAAACCUAUCUUGUGUCGCGUGUCUCUUGCUGGAAAGCUCCCUUACUUUUUUUGAAUACAAUACUUUUGAAUACUUUUUGUGUUGUGACAAAAGUGAUAAAAUCACCAUAGGAUAAAAUCGAAUAAGAUUGAGAACAAAAGAUUUGAAAGAGUCGAAUGUUUUGUAGAUGAUGAUCACUGUUUCACACAGCAACUUUAGUUUACAUAAUUGAAAAUUAACCUAAUUUUAAAGAGAAAUUUUGAAAAUGCGAUAUUUGACAUAUAAUACGAUGAUACUGAUCUCUCUUUUAGUAUCAUGCCAUAUGUGGGAGAUAUCAGAUAACUUUUCGAAAACUGAACAUUCCAAUAAUUGGGCAGUUUUGGUUGAUACAUCGCGUUUCUGGUUUAAUUAUCGACACGUUGCAAAUGUACUAUCCAUUUAUCGAAGUGUCAAACGUUUAGGAAUACCAGAUUCGCAAAUCAUUCUUAUGAUUGCCGAUGAUAUGGCGUGCAAUCCUAGAAAUCCUAGACCAGCAACCGUUUUCAAUAACAUUAAGCAGCAUAUUAAUGUUUAUGGCGACGAUGUAGAAGUCGACUAUAGAGGUUAUGAAGUAACAGUAGAAAAUUUUGUAAGACUGCUGACUGGUCGAUUAGCUCAAGAAACCCCACGGUCAAAAAAAUUAUUAACAGAUGAAGGUUCAAACAUUUUAAUUUAUUUAACUGGCCAUGGUGGUAAUGGAUUUUUAAAGUUUCAAGAUUCCGAAGAAAUCACUAGCCAAGAAUUGGGAGAUGCAUUGGAACAAAUGUGGCAAAAACGAAGAUACCAUGAAAUUUUAUUUGUAGUUGAUACCUGCCAAGCGAGUUCAAUGUAUGAAAAAUUUUAUUCUCCAAACAUAUUGGCAGUUGCUUCUAGUUUAGUAGGAGAAGAUUCACUUUCUCAUCAUGUAGAUCCUGCUAUUGGUGUUUAUAUUAUAGACCGAUAUACCUAUUAUGCAUUAAAUUUUUUGGAAAAAGUAGAACCAUCCAGUACCAAAACAUUGGGUGAAUUUUUGAAAGUAUGCCCAAGAGAUUACUGCCUAUCUACAGUGGGUGUAAGAAGAGAUUUAUUCAGGAGAGAUCCAGAUAAAGUACCAGUAACAGAUUUCUUUGGUUCACUUAGGCCUGUAGAACUUACAAUGAACAUAAUGAAUAUUUUACCUAUUAAGCCUAAUCGUACGAAAACUCAGGAAUUUGAAAAUAAGUACAAUUAUGUUGCCCAAUUUCCCCAAGUAUCUCAAUAUAGAUGAGUGUAUGAAAAGAACAAAUGAAAAAAACGAAUUAUUUCUCACUCAAUAUGUUUGAUAUCAUUAUUCCAUUAUUUGGAGAUAAUAUAUAUAACUUAAGAUG